AUGACUUCUCAAGAAACGUCAGCCCACUUACAGUUUCUAUGGUCAGCUUCGCAUACUGUUUUGUCGACAGUACCUUCAUUGUCCGCGUUCUAUUUAUCUCGGUUUAAUCAGAUAGCUGUCGAAAAGAACCUAAAACUCGCUGGAGCAAUCAAGAGAGUUUAUUGUAAUUAUUGUGGAACUAUCUUUGUACCUGGUCUUAACUCUCAGGUUAGCAUUGAGAAAGAUAGACGACGGCGCAAUAAACGCCGUAAAGUUAAGACACAAUUUGAUCCAACCACAUCGACUGUAUUGGAAUCUGUUGAGACGAGCAGCCACCCGACGUCUUUAAAAGAAUGCGUUUCAAUCAACAAGACAAAGCCAUCUGACACGGCACACAGAAUCCAUUACGAAACUUUGAAUUAUAAUACCGACAAUACUCGCUCCAGAAAUUAUGUAUCUUACUUCUGUCGUAUAUGCAAGACCGAAACUCGCAUCCACGGUAGCGCACGCCACAGUCCCAGACAAACAGACAAACCGGAUGAGCGACAAGCUGAAAUAAGUGUCAACACUAGUAGUAACAAAAGAUCAAGUCUCGUGCAACGGAAUAUCGCACAUGGAACGAAAGUAAAAAGGAAGAAGCAGAAAUUGGAUCUUCAGCGGCUAUUAGCAAAUAACGAAAAGAAGGAAGGCGGUAGAGGAAGUGAUGGUGACAAGGGAGCUUCUCUAUCGUUGACUGAUUUUUUAUCAUCUCUGUAA